AUGCAAAACCUGCAACCUUUAAAGGGCCUACUAUUUCGUAAAAAAAAAAAAAAAAAACAUGGUUUUCAAGAAAUAAACUCUUAUUUGUCUCACACGAGUUCACCUUUUUUUUUUAUAUAUAUAUAUAAAUAACUAAGACUUCUACAGGGCGCAUUGGAUUUAGAUUUUGAAAGUUAUUUUUUUUAACGCUGAAAUUAGUGUUUGAUUAUGACCAAUUUUCAUCGAUUUUUUGCCGAGAAUUUUUUGAACGCUGUUCAAAAUUUUAAUAAUUUUAUUAAUCCGUAUUAUAAACGCAUUGUAAUAAUUCCGUCAUAGGUUUAAAAUGGAAUUUCGUUUUAAUUGGUUCCUCUCCCGUAUUGUCUUUGCACAGGAACAGCCUGCGGACGCGCAAGCACAGCGUGUGCACGGAGCCCGACCUGUCGCGGCGCAACUCGAACGCAAUAUUCUCGGCGCUGCUUUUCCGGGAGGAGAGCAGGGCCAUGAAGACGUCCAUGAUGGUGCUGUCCACGUACCUGUUCAGCUGGACGCCGUUGUUUGUACACGUGUCCAUCGUCCAACUGCCGGACGAGGUUGUGUACUCGUGCGCACUGUCCGCGGCCACGCUCAACCCGCUGGUGUAUGUGUUCCGGAACGACGCGUUCCGCAAGGAGAUACUGCGAGCGGUGUGCAGUCGCAAGCGGCUCCGCGAGUCGUCGUCCAAAGCGGCUGCGGUGGCGUGCCAACAGCACCGGCUCAUGAUGGCCCCGCAUCCGGACAGCGUGUCCGUGCAGAGUUUCCGCAUGUCGUCCGUCGAGUGUCAACACUCGUUCGACAGUUCCGUUACGCCGCCGCCCGCCGACUUUGUCGCCACGUACAAUCCGGUAAGACAAUCAGACACAGUGGUUAAAAUGGAUAAAACUUCGAGGGGGGGGGGGGAAGGGCGGCUACAUUUACUAGACAAUUGAGCGACGAUCCCGAGAACUUACUUCGCCCAAACCAAAUUUUCGGGAAACCAAUCGUAUGAACACAAGACUUCCAAAAUAUUUUUCUCGAGCAUUUAUUCUUAAAAAUAUAAUAGGGUUUAAAAAUAAACUGUAAACCCCAUUUUCAAAAAAACAAAAAAAAAUAUUCUUCUACAUAAUAUUAUUUUUGCUGAUUUCAAUUGUGUAAACAGUAUUGAUUUGUAAGUUCUAUGGCUCAGCAAAACCCAGCAUAAACAAACAUAAAAUUUGGCCUCUUUCCAGGCCCCCGAAUUUGGCCUCUCUUUAAAUAAAAACAGAAAUUAAGUUAUAUUUUCUUUUUUUCUAAAUAUUCGCAAUACAUACAUUAUUUUAACAAAAUGAUACGAUUUGUUCUUAUUUUUAUAUUUUAAUCUUUUUAUAAACAAUGAUUCUUAAAUAUUAUUCUACAACUUGCCCUACUUCUCUAGUUAAAGGAAUAUAAUACUCUACAAUUCGAUCAUAAAAUACAGUAAACUGAUACACCUUUAAAAUAUUCUGAGGUUUCUACUAAUACCGACUGAAGAAUCUGUUUUUGAAUCAUUUUGUUUCGAAGUAUCGAUAAUAAUAAUCGGGCCCUUUCCAAAAACCGUGUAGGGCUUAAUGUGACACUUCGCGUUCCGUUUUUAUAAUAAGACUCUUGAAACGACUUAUACAUUUCAUAUAAUAAUGUAUAGUUUUUUUUUUUUUUUUUUACUGAAAUCUAAAUUCAAAUCGUUAUAUGGAUACAUGACAGAAUUUAUGUAUAUUUAUUUACAUACGUACGUUUAUAUACAAAUAUAAACUGCAAUGAUAAAAUUUGCUGUACUCUUCAUUAUUGUUUCGUAAACCUAAUAUCAUGUAUCUCGAUUUUUCAAGCUUUGAAGUGGUUUUUAAAUUUCAAACAACUUUUCUCGAGUCACCAGGUUUCAAUCAUUCAUAUGCUUCGUAUGAUCUAAAUAGAAUAUAUACGUUUUUUCUGUUUAUAUGUUUUUAACCAGCGCCAACCUUUCUUUAUCAUCUACACUCACAUGUGGGAUUUUCCUUUUUGAUUUCUAUUGGAGGAAUAGUUAUAACUGCCUAAAUAGUUGUUGGGAUAUCUUCUGCGAUUAUAGUUGUUUGUAAUUUAAAAUAAUUAACAUUUAUUCUCUUUAGCUCCAAAUAUGAGUUUACUAAAACUUUUUUUAAAUCCUCAAAAAAUCCCAUCCAAUACGUACAAAAUUUAAAUUCAAACAGAAAUUAUAGCAUUUAUUUUUAAUAAUACUAAUUCGAGUUUAUAAAAUUACAUAAAAAAAAAUGUAUCUGUGUACUAAAGCGUCCUCUCGAACUUCGAACACUUAAGCCAAAGGGAAUGAAUAGUUUUACUUUAAAUAGUAAGAAAGACUUUUAAUCAUUUUCUAAAGAUUAUAGGUUUUAGGUUUAUCACUCGGGACACUAAUAUUUUACUUCUUUGAAGAAGUGCCGGAUUUAAACGCGUAAAAUUUGUAUUUUUCGACGUUGGUAUAAUAGCUGCAGGUCGCCGUGGCUAUUCGAUUCCCUUAUUAUUUUUACUGAAAACCGUAUACUACCCAUUUCAAAUUAGACCUAAGGAAAAACAACAUCAUCCCUAGUAGUUAUUUUCUACGCUAUGUUUUGUGAUUUUUCUUGGUCGUCUUCGGAAAAUAGUGGCAAUCGCAUUAUUAAUUUCCCUCUUUCCCUACGCCAUAGCAAUCUAAAUGUUUUCGGAAAAUAUUAUGAUAGUAAUAUCAUGAUUAUUGAAUAAUAUACGCACGUAGGCAAACGUCCUAUUGCCGUAUUAAUCCCAUAUUGGGGUCGUAUAAAUGUAUUUUUACUUAAAUAAUGUAAUGAUAAUAUAUUCAACGAAUAUUAUUUAUUAUUUUUCGGUCCAGUCUAGUUAUUUUCGUUCAGGCAUAAUAUUUUUAUUUUCACAUAGUCGUAUAUUAUGAUCGAUAAAUUAAAUUCCGCGCACCCAAUGAUGCAAAGACUGGGCCUACCGAGACGUUCACUACGUUUCUCGAUAAAACCAUUUGAACAUAACAUUAAAUUGAUUUAUGAUAUCAAAUAAUAGGUAAAUACAUUUGAAAAAAAAAUACAAAAAUACCGAGUUUAAAAACAAAAGUUCUUUAUAUAUCAACUAUUUGGAGUGUAAAAAUAAAUUAUUAAUGUUAUAUGGAAUAAAAAAGAAAAAAACUUCCUAGGAUAAUAGGGACGGGUGCAGCUACUGCAAUAGAUAAUUUAAUGUACACCUGUAAGCAACGAAAAACCAAUGUUUACGAAAAAUCGACCCUAAUUGGAGUUCGGUUGAAAAUGAUGCUUUGUCAACAAUAUGUGUUAUUUAUAUUCACAUUUGCUGAGAAAACUUCUGAGAAAAUCGAAAAAUGAUCUCUCUAAAGUACCUUUUAAUUGAAAUUGCAAUUUCCUUUUAGAAACAUUGAUAACAUUAUAAGUUAUGACAAAAUUUCUGUUAGAAAAGUUGUGCACAGAAAUAAAGAAAGCCGUAAUAUAUUUUAACUAAUACCUACAUUUCUUAUAUUUUCCCGUUUUUCCUCCGUUUUUUUCGGUUUUUCAAAUUUGAUGAAAAAACUUAAAUAGGCUUUAUAUAUAUUCUUUAAUAAUAUUUGUUUAAUGUUGUAUCGACUUUUUCAAUUUCCUUACGGUUUUUCCAGUUUUCCCAUGUUUUAUAUCGAUUUUUUGCAUUUGAUGAGAAAACUCUUGAGAAAAUCGAAAAAUUACUUAUUUAAAGUACCUUCCCACACCGAUUUCCUUUCAUAAAAGGUGCUACACUAAAAAAUCUGAGCAAGUCUUCUGGUAAAAAAGUUGUGAACAGAUAAAAAAAACCUCUUUGUCAAACUAUAAAUAUCUAUAAUAUAAUAUACAAAUAAGCUUCUUCGCUCCACUCAGAAUCUAAAAAAUCUAGUUUAUAUUUUAUUACUAUCGUUGUUUAAACUUUUCUAUAUUGACGAAUUUUUGAAAAAGAUGUUCUCUUAAUUUAUUCAAAUGUAUAACAAAUAUAUUAUAAAGUAUAUUCGAACGUUUUUUCGCGUAAACAAUAAAAAUUGCAUUAAAAAAAUAGUAUUUUAGCAAACUGUGAACAUUAAAAUUAAAUAAUUCAAAUGCACGAUUAAAAAGAAGAUUUCCAGAAAUCAAUUUUUUUUUUUCUAAGAAGUAAAACAUUGGCAAUGUAUAUUAAGCAUAAUGCACUUGAGUAAUGUAAAACGUCGUUAUUUCAUUACAUUAACGCGCUCUACCGGUCUCGAUUUUUCAACCUUUUCUCAAUUGUUUAUAUUUUUUAUUAUAAUUAUUUUUUUUAUAUAUAUAAAAUUGACAAUUUAUUUUAUACGCAGCGAUCUCCAAAUUUGAUUUUGACAACUCGGUAUUACUCGUGUAUAACCCAUUAAACUUUUAAUCAUCGUGGUUUUACUGUAAAAUUCCUGCUAAUAUUAAAAAAAAAAAGUUAUUUUUAUAAUAAUAUUCAAAUGUUAUUUUUUUUUUUUUAAGUAAGUUUGUUAAAAAUAAUAUCGGGGAAAAUUUCCAAUCGUAACGCGCUCAUCACAAAAAGUUAUUCUUUAGACAGAAAAAAAUAUCCUAUUUUAAAAAUAUUCAAAAUGAAAAACAACAAAACUUUUUCAGCGAAACAUUUUUCACGGUGUCAAUAACAAAUUGUUAGUAAUAUGCCCGUGUGACCUUUAUAAAAAUUAAAUUUCUGUUUUCGUCCCAGAUAAACGGAUCGGAGCGCAGUACGCGUUACGAGAGCGUGACGUUCCGAUUGGCGCAGCGCCGUUGUCAAUACUGCAGCCGGCAGAGUUCAGAUUCGUCGUUGAGCAGCAAUUACCCGUUGCUGAUCAACAAAAAUCGGUCUUCGAGCGAGCCCAACACGCCCAAACACCAGAACAACAACGAAAACAGGACCGUCGUAUUCAAGGUAAAUGCAGUCGUCGAACUGUCGAAGGAAUAA